AGAGUUUUGUGCCAUAUACUAGCUGCAGUUCUUGCAAUCACUUGGGUGACUGCGAACAGUCCUACAGCUGACAUGAGGAAAUUACCAGAACACUUAAAGCUGGGAGUAGCCACCGCCUCCUUCCAGAUUGAGGGCGGAUGGAACGCUGCAGACAAGUCUCCAAGCAUAUGGGACACUUAUUCUCACAUCCCUGGCAAAAUCAAGGAUGGAACAGAUGGCAACGACACUUGCAAGUCCUACGAGUUCUACGAACGAGACAUACAAAUGCUCAAGUUUCUUGGUGUAGACUUCUACAGAUUCUCCAUUUCAUGGCCAAGAGUUCUACCAACUGGCUUUGCUAACAAAAUCAGCGAGGAUGGUAUCGGGUAUUACAGUAGAUUGGUGGAUGAGCUAUUAGCCAAUGGUAUUGAGCCAGUGGUCACAAUGUUCCAUUGGGAUUUGCCCCAAAGUCUGCAAGACUUAGGAGGUUGGGCCAACCCUCUCAUAGCAGACUGGUUCGAAGAUUACGCUCGAGUUUUGUACGAUGCACUGGGUGACCGAGUCAAAACCUGGAUAACGCUAAAUGAACCGAAGCAGAUGAUAAUAUUUGGUUAUGGAAUGGACAGGUUUGCUCCUAAUAUUGUUUCUCCUGGUAUUGGUGAUUAUAUCGCUGUGAAGAAUGCUUUACUGGCUCAUGCUAAGGCUUGGCAUCUGUAUGAUAAAGAGUACAGAGAAAAACAAAAAGGUACUUGCGGCAUAACCAUAGCAACAGACUUCAGGGAGGGUCUAUCAGACACACCUGAGGAUGUGGAACUUGGACACUUGGCGAUGGACUUUGAAGCUGGUUUCUAUAGCCAACCAAUAUUUUCUUCGACUGGUGGAUUCCCUGAAAGGAUGAUCAAGCGAAUUGCCGAAAAAAGCGCUGAACAAGGCUUUCCCCGGAGUAGACUGCCAGAAUUGUCACAGGAGGAAAUUGAUUAUAUAAAAGGCACAAGUGACUUCUACGGUUUCAACCAUUACUCUACUAGGUUCUACACAGCUGAUGGAUACAAGAAAGGGAUGUACGCGAUCCCUUCAUAUGAUGACGAUAUCGGAGCAGUGUCCAACUACAAGGAUUACACCCCAGCACCUACUAUUCAUACUACGAAAAUUCCUACCGGUAUCAGAAAAGCUCUAAACUGGGUGAAAGAUAAUUACAACAAUCCAACAGUGUUGAUCACCGAAAAUGGCUACGGUACUUUUGGCGGGAACAAUGACAUUGACAGGAUAGAUUAUUACAAAGCGUAUUUGGACGCCAUAUUGGAUGCUAUUGUAUUGGACGGGUGUAAGGUGGCUACUUACACAGCUUGGAGUCUUAUGGAUAACUUUGAAUGGGACUCCGGCUUAGGCGCCAAAUUCGGACUAUUUGAGGUUGACUUCGAUGAUGACCAAAGAACACGAAAAGCAAGAUUAUCAGCUCUAUGGUACAAAAACUUUAUCGCCCAGAGAUCGUUGGACCCGGAAUAUUUGCCAGAGUUUGAAGAAAAAUGGUUUUAA